CACAACAAGGAAGAGCAUUCACUUUGUCAAUAGUCGUUCGCUCUUUCAACUGCAACGUUUAGCUUUCCUUUUACCGCAGAUGAAUUGCAUUUGUUCUGUAAACGAUGAGAAGACGACAAAUCUUGGCUGUAUGUCUGGCCAUGUUGGGCCUAUGCGGUGUUAUUCUGGUGUGUGCAUUGCCUAUGUGGAAAGUGACAGCUUUCGUGGGGGCAAACAUCGUGACAGCACAGGUUUUCUGGGAAGGCUUGUGGAUGAACUGCGUCCUGCAGAGCACCAGUCACAUGCAGUGCAAAGCGUAUGACUCCAUCUUGGCUCUGACUCAAGAUCUCCAGGCAGCUCGAGGUUUGAUCUGUGCUUCUAUUGCUGUCGGUGUGGUCGCCGUUGGAAUGUAUGUUGUUGGAGCCGAAUGCACUAACUUUUAUAGGGAAGAGCGGCUUAAAAAGACCAACAUUGGAAUAGCAGGUGGUGCAGUCUUUAUAGUUGCAGGUGUAAUGUGCCUUAUUGCCAUCAGCUGGUCGGCGUAUGUUAUCAUCGUGGACUUCUAUAAUCCUCAAGUGACAGCGGGGAGAAAAGGAGAGCUGGGAGCCUCCAUCUAUGUAGGAUGGGUGGCUGGUGUUCUUCUGAUUGUAGGUGGCGGACUGUUUAUCAGCACAUAUUCCAACCGAUGUUGACCAGAUGUGCUUGAUUAAGCCUCAAGCGACUCAAGUGAUGUGCCUGGAUUGUUUGAGAACUGUUUCAUGUUUCAAAUACAUUAACCUUCAGUUAUGUCAACCUCUGGUAUAUAGACUUAUAGAAAUUCAUUUGUAGACAUUUCAUAUAUUUCAUAAUGUUGUAAAAACCAUCUUGAGCUUCAACAGAAGCAAGAACAUCAGAUUGUACAAAUGAGAUUAUAUGGUCAUUGGUCACAAAUGAUUUAGAAUAUGUUAAUGCAAGGAAAGGCAAAUGAAUUUAUAUAGUACAUUUCAUAAAGUGAUAACUGUGUGAAUCAUUCAUAAUCAUAAAAAGAACAUUAAAAUGAUAAUAAACUAAAAUGAAAUAAAGAUUAUACAUUAAAAUGACAUAAAAAUGCCUUUAAAAAGAAUAGUGCAGUGCAGUUGGAACAGCACACAAACAGUGUAUACAAUAUUUUUUCUUUAUUUUGUAAAAAAAAUAUUAUUUUUUUUUAAAUCUUUCUAUUCAUUUGCAGGCUCAAAUGAAAAAAAUAAAAAAUAAAUAAAAUUCCAAACCCCAGUUUUUAAAUCUGUUGUAUGUCUGUCUUCUAUAUGUAUUUAGUAUGGUGUUCAAUCAUUUAUUCAGAUGCUUAUAGAUAUACAGCUGUGUUAUAUAUGUGUAUAAAAUGAGUUUUCUGAUUAUAAAUCUUUUUAGAUUUAGGUUUCAUUAGAUUUACCACAAGUAAAAUUUAGAUAUUUAAUCUUAAUUCAUGCGAUCAAAAUGUGAAAAUGUCAAAUAAAUACUAAUAAUGAAUAUAAUUCUUGGUUUCUUUUCAUGUAAAAGUUUUUAAUUUGCACACUUGCAUUUUUUUCCAAUGUAGAGACCACAAAAGUGUAGACGAGUGAAUGUAAAACACACAGUGGCUGUAAUAUAUCAACCAAUAAACAUUUACACAGCCAUAUAUGGUAAUCUACAGGGUGGGCCAUUUAUAUGGAUACACCUUAAUAAAAUGGGAAUGGUUGGUGAUAUUAACGUCCUGUUUGUGGCACAUUAUAAGUGGUCAGAAACUUGUAAAUAACUCAUGAAAAAAUAAAGUUACGU